AUGUCGGACCGAGCAAAGAAAGAAAGAAAUUCCUUUUAUUCCAUAUCUAUCUAUCUAUCUAUCAUUUAUCUAUCCUAUCUAUCCAUCCAUCAUCCAUCAUCUAUCACAGCGUGUGUUCAUAUCUAUCUAUUUAUCUAUCCAUCUAUCCAUCUAUCCAUCUAUCUAUCCCAGAAACGUGUUCAUAAUCAUCUAUCUAUCUAUCUAUCUAUUUAUCGAUCCAUCUAUCCAUCUAUCUAUCUCAUAAUGUUCAAAUUAGAUCAUCUAUCUAUCCAUCCAUCUAUCCAUCUAUCUAUCUAUCUCAGCGUCUUCACAUCUAUCUAUCUAUUCAUCUAUCUAUCCAUUCAUCUAUCUAUCUAUCUAUCUCUUCAUGUUCAUAUUUAUCUAUGCUUAUCAGCAUCUAUCUAUCUAUCUAUCUAUCUAUCUCAGCGUGUUCAUAUCUAUCUAUCUAUCUAUCUAUCUCGCUCUGUUCAUACCUAUUUAUCUAUGCGCAUUAGCAUCUAUCUAUCUAUCUAUCUAUCUAUCUAUCUAUCUAUCUAUCUAUCUAUCUAUCUAUGUUUGUUUCACGUUUUAUCUAGGCCGCAUCACCGGUUCUUGAAAUAUUCAAAAUGGUUUGAUUCCUUUCGGACAGACCGCAAUCCAUCAAUACAACGUGCAGCAGAGAAGACAAUAAAAUUCAGUUGGUUGCUGCCGCUCAAAGUAAUCUCCCUUGACAGCCGUCUGCGUGUGACUUGUCUGAAUGAAUUACGACUCGGUCCUAGCCAAGACGCAAACGUCCCCGGCGUAAUAAUUUACACUGUCUGUGAAACGAUGCGUUGGCAGCUGUAUCCUUCCGCCGGGGCUUUAUAUCGAAGUGACAUUGAUGAGAAAAGAAAUGGUGUCGUGAACGGUCUUCUUUUUUUUUCUUUUUUUUUCGCCUUCUUCCACGAUGAUAUUUUGCAAUGA